UACGAACGGCUUCUGGCCCUACAAAAAGUCGUGGGGGCAGCGGCCCCACGCCCCUCCCCCCCUCAGUUCCCGCGCCUAUGGGAUUAAGUGUUAUAAGUUCAAAUUGUGAUAACCAUGGCACAAGUUCUGACGCGUCUUGGUCAGCUGGGACUGGGUAUCGCCAUCACAGGAGGCGUCAUCAACUCGGCGCUCUACAAUGUGGACGCCGGUCACCGGGCCGUCAUCUUUGACCGGUUUUCCGGCAUCAAAAACACCGUCGUCGGCGAGGGCACCCACUUCUUCAUCCCAUGGGUGCAGAAGCCCAUCAUGUUCGACAUCCGCGCGCGGCCGCGGAACGUGCCCGUGGUGACGGGCAGCAAGGACCUGCAGAACGUCAGCAUCACUCUCCGCGUGCUGUUCCGGCCGGUGGCCACGGCACUGCCCAACAUCUACACCACACUCGGCGAGGACUACGACGAGCGCGUGCUGCCCUCCAUCACCAACGAGGUGCUGAAGGCGGUGGUGGCCCGCUACGACGCCAGCGAGAUGAUCACGCAGCGCGAGGUGGUCUCGCAGACGGUCUCCGAGGAACUGACCGAUCGGGCGCGUCAGUUCGGCCUGCUGCUGGACGACAUAUCGAUCACGCACCUGAUGUUCGGCCGCGAAUUCAUGCAGGCCGUCGAGAUGAAGCAGGUGGCGCAGCAGGAGGCCGAGCGCGCUCGGUUCGUGGUGGAAAAGGCGGAGCAGCAGAAGCGGGCGGCCAUCACCUCGGCCGAAGGAGACAAGGUGGCCGCCGAGCUGCUCUCGGCCGCGUUCGCGCGCGCCGGUAACGGUCUGAUCGAGCUGCGACGGAUCGAAGCUGCCGAGGACAUCGCCUACCAGAUGUCGCAGAGCAGGAACGUCAUCUAUCUGCCGCAGAACCAGACCACCCUUCUCAACUUGGGCAACGUCUGAGCGGCGGGAUAGUCGCCGCCGGCAGCCUCCGCCUGCAGUCUGGUUUGGCUGCCGUCUGAGGUCCGACCCGGUUGCUGUCCGAGGUCCGACUCGCAAAGGCUUUUUGGCCCCGAUGCAAGGGUUUCCGUGAAUACCUACUGAUGCAUGGCAGUUAGAACUAGACUGAGGACGUUAGUUUACGACCAUAUGAGUGUGUGCGGUCGGGUCGUGCAGUUUGUGGCGCCGUGAUAGUGAACCAUGGGUCUGGCCUACCUAUGUCUGCAAUUUUCCGACCCGGUCAUAAUGGAGAGUGAAUGCUUUUGCUUUUUUGAUGCGCGAAGACACGCAAAGGACUGCAGCUGGUGACUGUGGUGAAAUAUACAAUGCCUCCAUGUCUGAA